AUGAUCAAAAAAGACGCAGAAGAGAUUCUUAUGGAUCCUCUUGCAGGAAACAUCAUUGAUGCAGAGGAAAUAGUUGCAAGGAGCGAGAUAAGGGAUGAGCAAGCAAGAGUUUUGGAAGAGGAAAAGGAAGAUGGAAGAAAAGGAUCCAGAUAUAAAAGGCUGCAGACUGUCUUGGGAGAAGGGACAUUCAAGAAGGUUUACAAAGCAGUUGACCAGGAGGAGGGGAAGGAGGUUGCAUGGAAUGAGAUCAAAAUCAACGAGAAGGGGCAGGACAGCAAAGAGAGGGCAUUAUUUGCCAAUGAAAUAGCACUCCUGAAGUCUAUUUCACAUCCUAACAUCCUUCGGAUCCUCGACUAUUGGUUUACGGCUGACAGCUUUAUAUUUAUCACGGAGCUGAUGAGUGGAGGAACACUCCGGGAGUACAUAGCAGAGAUAGGGGAUCUGAACGUCAAGCUUAUAAAGAAGUGGGGAAGGAACAUUCUUGAGGGACUUGUGUAUCUUCACAGCCAGGAUCCUCCGAUUAUCCACCGGGAUAUUAAGUGCGAAAACAUCUUUGUGAAUGCAGCUCUUGGAGAGGUGAAGAUAGGAGAUCUUGGGGUUGCCAAGGAAAGAAGGAUGAAAAGAUAUACUGUUGUUGGAACUCCGCAGUUUAUGGCAAGAGAAAUGUUUGAGGGAGAAGGAUAUGGGGAGAAGAUAGAUGUGUAUGCAUUUGGGAUGUGUUUGAUUGAGAUGGCAACGGGGGCGUAUCCAUAUAGGGAAUGCACUACGGCUGCAGAGGUCUACAAGGCAAUUAUACAAGGGGUUCCUCCUGUUGUCUUGAACUCUAUCAAGGACGUAUGUCUUAGGAAUCUGAUUAUGAACUGCUUAGUCUCUGAAAAAGACAGGCUAAGGAGUGUGGAUUGCUUGAAGCACCAUUUCUUUGACAGUAGUAGCACAUGCAAUGGAGAAUGCAUUCCUGCUGAGUGCAUGUCUGGAGUUCCUCUGACAGCACCUGCAAAUGACAUGGAAAUAAGUUUUCUGUCAUUCAAGGAUAAUGUAAUUACAUUUCAAUUGUUUUUCAUGAGCAUGGCAAGGUUCAUCAAGUUUGACUACGACCUCCAGUCAGACACUGUUGAGGAUGUUGCAAAUGAGAUGCUGGAGGAGGAGGUAGUAUCUGAGGAUCAGAGAGACACGCUUCUUGGGCUUCUAUCACGGGGAAUUGAAAAGGCAAAGCAGCGGAUUGAAGAGAUGGAGUGUAAGAAUACAGAAGAAGAGAUGAAGAAGUUGAGCAUAGAUACAGAGAAGGAAAAGAGCAAGGCAGAAGGGCCGAAGAAUGAUUUCAACAAAAUAACGGACAGAAAUCUGAGUAUAGAGGAGGUUGAAUCGAUGCUGGAGAUAGAUGUGAAGUUUUGCCAGGAUGAGACCAGCCGUCUGUAUACCUGGUCCAGAACGGUAAGAAAUGGGGAUUCGAAAGUGGGGGUGGAAAUUGGAUCUUCUCCAGACCAUUCGCCAGAACUAUUACCCAGCGAAGGAAUAAUGGAGGAACAGAAAAAGACUGGGGGAGGAAAGUGCUUCGACGAACUGGAGUGUCCCAAUAGAAAAUACGAUGAAGAUGUCUCUAUUGAAGAGUUUGCAGCAGAUGUUUCGGUUGCGACAAAGAGAUCAUCUGAAACAGUUACCAAUUGGAUAAAGGCAUUCAAGUCGAAUGAUAUCGACAGUGUGUUUGAACUAAAGAUUCUUGUGGACGAGGACUGGGACAAGCUUGGGCUCACUGUUUUUUCGAGCCGAGCCAUGAAGAACAUGCUCUAUGGAGUUGGCAAGAUUCCUCUGAAGGAGAAGCAGCUUCCUACCAACACCUCGAUCAAGGACUAUGGAGGAGGGGUUGAGAUCAAAGAGUUUCUCCAUGAGAUCGGGGCUAUAGUUGGUAAGGACAAGUGUGUGUCUAUCUGGGAAAGCAAACUUCUUGCACAGGAUAUUAGGACUGUCGAGGAGCUCCGAUCGCUGCACCAGGACGACUGGGAUAGACUGGGUCUAUCUGUGUACUCGUGCAGGGUGAUCAAGAAUGUUAUUUACAAAAAAGGAAGAGUAGUGCUUUGCUGA